CGGAAACGACGAACUCCGAUUGCAACCGCCAACGGCCAAAGCAAGCUUCAGAGUCAGUCAUCGCAGUUUCCAGAGAGAGAGAGAGAGAGAGAGAGAGAGAGAGAGAGAUCACAAAUUCAAAUUCGUAGCUCAAUGUCACUCUCUCUCUCUUCAACUUCGUUUCAAUUCUCAUGCUCGAGAACCACACAUCCUUGCUCAAUCACGGGUGCUGCAUCAAGCACCUUUCAUUCAGUAACUGGCGGUGGUGGUGGUCGUAGUAGUCUUGUACUGAACGUUGGAGGUUCCACCUUGUGUCGAAGAUUUCGCGGUUUCAAACUCUGGAUACUUGAAACCCUCAACGUUCAACCAACGAAGAGUACAAACCGCUUCAAGAAUAGUCUCGAAACUGGAAAGGGGGUGCCAAUUCUUCGUGAUGAUAAUAAGGGAACUGGUGUUAGCAUUGAGGCUUCAUCUUUGCUGCAAACAAGUUCCUCAACUUCUGCCAUGGAUGUUGGUGGAGCACCCUCACUUUGCAUUGCUGUCAUAGGAGCCACUGGUGAGCUUGCAAGGAGGAAGAUUUUUCCUGCUUUAUUUGCCUUGUACUACACUGGCUUUCUUCCUGAGAAUGUUGGAAUUUUUGGGUAUUCAAGGAAGAAUAUAACUGAUGAAGACCUGCGGUCUAUUGUAGCUUCAACAUUAACAUGCCGGGUUGACCAUCAAGAAGAUUGUGGGGACAAAAUAGAUGCUUUCCUUGGUAGAACAUACUAUGUUAAUGGAGGCCACGACAACACAUAUGGGAUGUCCAUGCUGAAUGCCAGAAUGGAGCAAAUUGAGGGAAGCUCCAAAACCAACCGGAUAUUCUACCUUUCUGUGCCGCAAGAAGCACUUUUGGAUGUUGCUUCAUCUCUUGCAAGCAGUGCCCAGACCCAAAAGGGAUGGAAUCGUGUAAUAAUUGAGAAGCCAUUUGGUUUUGAUGCAGUCUCUUCCCAAAGGCUGACACGAUAUCUUCUUUCGAAGUUUGAGGAAAAGCAAAUAUAUAGGAUUGAUCAUCUUCUAGGAAGGAAUCUCAUUGAAAACCUCACAGUUUUAAGGUUUGCAAAUCUAGUUUUUGAGCCACUGUGGAGCCGUACUUACAUACAUAAUGUACAGGUCAUUUUAUCUGAAGACUUGGCUGUACAUCCAGGAAGGUAUUUCGGUGGCUAUGGGAUUAUCCGAGAUAUUGUUCACAGUCAUGUGCUCCAAACAAUUGCAUUGCUUGCCAUGGAACCACCAGUUAGCCUUGAUGGAGAAGAUAUUCGAAAUGAAAAGGUUAAGGUUCUGAGAUCAAUUCGCGAAUUAGAACCUAAGGAUGUCAUUCUUGGCCAGUAUAAAGCAAGUAGUGGAGACAAGGUUGAUGCAUGCAUAAAUGGUCUGACACCUACUUAUUUUGCUGCUGCACUAUACAUCGACAAUGCACGAUGGGAUGGUGUGCCAUUUUUGGUUAAAACAGGCUUGGGACUCAUCAAACACCAAAUGGAGAUACGGAUUCAAUUUCGUCAUGUUCCAGGAAAUGUUUACCAUGAAUGCAUCGGGCACAACAUUGACCGGGCCACCAAUGAGCUCAUUCUCCGUGAUGUUCCUGAUGAGGCUAUUCUGGUGAAAAUAAACAACAAGGUUCCAGGAUUAGGCCUACAACUGGACUCUUCAGAAUUAAAUUUGCUUUACAAGGACAAGUACAAUGUUGAGGUGCCGGAUUCAUAUGAGCAUCUUCUGCUUGAUGUCAUUGAUGGGGAUAACCAUCUUUUCAUGAGAAGCGAUGAGCUGGCAGCAGCGUGGAACAUUCUAACUCCAAUUCUGAAUGAGAUAGACAAGGACAAUGUAUCAGUGGAACUUUAUGAGUUAGGAGGUCGUGGUCCAGUUGGUGCAUACUAUCUUUGGGCAAAACAUGGUAUCCGUUGGGUAGAGGACUAGCAGAAGCAGUUACCUCCUUGUUUCUCACCUAUGACACAUUGCUGUGUUCAUAUUAUGUUUUACCUGAGCCAUAAGGACUAGACUAGUACUAAGGCGUGGUGGUGUUGAGUUUAUUGAAACAAACUCUAGCAGGUAAAUAGUGUUAUUUUGGUCUUUUAUUGACAAUUGCAUGUAAAAGUAUCGUGUAACCUUGAAGACUAUAGUUUUUGUUA